AUGGAGGAAGAGGCACAUCCAGAGUAUGGCCACUAUGCAGCGGAAUGCCCAAAUCCAAGACGUGAAAGAAGUCAUGAGAACAACCUGAUUCGUGAGCAAGAAGACAAUGAGCCAGCACUACUGUUAGCAUCGUUUCAUAAUGAUGGAGAGGCUGGUGAAGUGUUUUUAAAUGAGGAAAAUGUAACCCUAGAACUGAGAACACGAGAAGAAGAAGUAAAGAGGUCAAGUAUGUGGUCUCUUGACACAGGGGCAAGUAAUCACAUGACCGGUGACAAGUAUAAGUUUCGUGAGUUGAAUGAAAAAGUUCAGGGGUAUGUAAAAUUUGGAAACGAAUCAAGGGUGAGGAUCGAAGGAAAGGGUUCAAUCAUGUUUCAAUGCAAGAAUGGUGAUCAUCGAAAGCUUGAUGAAGUCUAUUAUAUCCCAGACUUAUGUAGCAACAUAAUAAGUCUAGGACAGCUGGCUGAGGGAGGAAAUGAAAUCAAGAUCAAGGACCCGUUUCUAUGGGUUCAUGAUACAGCAGGGAAGCUUCUAAUGAAAGUGAGGAGAUCAUCAAAUCGACUCUACAAAAUAGAGUUGGUAGAGGCUAGAUCAAUGUGCUUAAUUGCUAGAAUUAGUGAUCCAACUUGGCUGUGGCAUGUGAGAAUGGGUCACACAAAUUUUAAUUCAAUGAAAAAUAUGUCGAAGAAAAAGAUGAUUGAAGGGAUGCCAAAAUUAAACAUCCUUACAAAACCAUGUGAAGGGUGCUUGUCUGGAAAGCAGAUAAGAAAGCCAUUCCCUUCACCUUGA